CAUUUAUGGGGAAGAUGAUAUUUGUUGUUAUUGACCAGAGAACCACCCUACGUUACUACUUCGUCAUCACAACACAUUGAUCACAAGGGUGGGAGGCGGGGCUACUCCACUUAAUACAAGGCUCCCGUGACACCACAUAUUACACUCCUGACUACGGCCAAUCGGCUAAAACUCCCUAAACCCACUAGGAUAUUUUGAUUGGCCAUGUGAAGCUCUCCUGAUGUGAAAUGUGAAAUUUUUGUGGGCACACUCACCACAAGUGUUAUCCAGCGAAGAUAUUUUUAUUCCAAGAAAUUAGUGUUUUUGCUUAUAUUUGAGCAUAUCUAUAAGCACAAUACUACUAUGGCAACCCUAUUUGACCAGUACGAAUCCCUCCAGUAUGGGGUGGGUGGAGGUCCAAUGCAUUCCAUACUUGGCACCACGACGUUUAGGAACCAGAAGUUGGAGGAGGAAGCAGCAAUAUUUUUGAAAGACCGCCAAGUGAAUUUCUGUCCCACACAUCCAAUUUCUCAUUUGGUUGUAUCUAACCAUCACCUGGUCUUGGCUAUGGCAAACAAGAAGUUAAUAAGAAUAAAUUUGAUUCACCCUAAUGCUGGCACUAUAGAAGAUCAAGAGGUGGACAUUAGCAAGUUUGCCUUGCAAGCAAAAAUUCACAACAUCUUUCUUGACCCUACAGGACAACAUCUGUUGAUCAGCAUUGUGAGUAGGGAUGGAUCAACACCUGUGGACACACUUUAUUUACCUUUACGCACCAACAAACCUAAGUCGACGAGCAAGCUGAAAGGUCAUCUUGUAACGGCAGUUGGGUGGAAUCAGAGAAACCAGUCGGAUAGUGUUACAGGACCAAUUUUGAUUGGAACAGGAAGAGGAGUGAUUUUAGAAACUGAACUCACUUCAGACGAAAGAUUUUUCCAGUCGAGCCAUGAGGAGUACUGCAAACAAGUCUUCGACAUUGGGAAGGACGUGCCCGUUACUGUAACAGCAUUAGAAGUCCGUAGCAGUCCAGUGGAUGAGCUGAAGUUUCUUGUCUUGUGUACUACACCAGACAAGCUUUAUCAGUUUUCUGGCCGUGUAAAGUCUUUGGAGGAGAGGCCAAUGCUUAUGUCUGUUUUCAGUAAUUAUUUGGGAUUGCCUCCAAGAUUUGUAGAAUUACCAAGCAAAUGGAAAAGUUCGUGGCUCCAGCUGUAUCAUCCCCCAAAUUCUUCAACCCCAAAACACUUUGCUUGGCUGUCUGAACAGGGUGUGUACACUGGUGAUAUUGUUUGGGGUGGAGCGCCAGAUGAUAUGACCAUCAAUAAAAGACUCCAUGCAAACCCAGAAGGGAUGGAGGGUAUUGGUAUUCCCUGUGGUAUGAUUGUUUGUGAAUUUCAUGUUCUUGUUGUGUGGCCUGAUAAGAUACGUGGACUGUGUAUUCUUAAUAAUCAGGUUGUGUUUGAGGGUACAGUUCCAGAAGAGUGUGGAAAAUUGAUUGGCAUAUCCAAAGAUUUGGUGAAAGGAACUAUUUGGAUUUAUGCAGAGAGAGGUGUUUUCAAGUAUAAAGUUGAUCGGGAAGGACGGAAUGUGUGGCGAAUAUAUUUAGACCAGGGAAAUUAUGAAUUGGCAAAGAAACAUUGUAAUUCAGACCCAUCAUGUUUAUCUGUUGUACUGUUGCAAGAGGCCCAAGAUCUUUUUCAAAAGGAAGAAUAUCUUCAGAGUGCAAUGCUUUUUGCUAAAACAUUAACUUCAUUUGAAGAAAUAAGUUUAAAGUUUGUUGAGGUAGAAGAGGAGGAAGCCCUCAAGGUCUACUUGCAUGAAAAGUUGGAUGCCUUAAAAGUGAGUGAACAAACUCAAGUUACUCUUGUUGUGAUGUGGUUACUUGAGUUGUACCUGAAGCAAUUAGGAAACUUACGUGAUGCAGGGAAGGAGAACACUCAGGAGUACUCCAACUACAAUGAGCACCUUAAAUCACUCCUUCAUGAUCCAAAAGUACUUCAGUGUGUGACAAACAAUGCUACUGCUAUUUAUGAGUUGCUCUCUUCACAUGAUGAUCAAGAUAAUUAUAUAAGUGUUUCUUUGAUGCUUAAAGACUACGAUCGAGUGUUGCUUCAUCUUAUGGGCCAUGGACGUUACAUUGAGGCCCUUGAUGUUAUGUCGACCAGGGGGUCUGAACAACUUUUUUAUCAACAUUUUCCUGCUCUUUUGCAAGCAGCACCAAGUGCUGCAGUAGAUGCAUUAAUUUUACAAGGUAGAAGGAUAAAUUCCAUAAAAUUACUACCGAGCCUUGUUCAUUGUCACACUUCACAUGGCAGUGGAGCAGAGAUUCUUCGUUAUUUAGAAUACUGUGUUGACAAACUAGAAGUCACUGAUGAAGUUUUGCAUAAUUUCUUAAUAACUCUUUAUGCUGCUGAGGCUCCAGAUAAGUUAUUGCCUUAUUUCAAACUGCAGGGGGAUGACAGCCAGAGUGUCCAUUAUGAUGUCAAAUUUGCCCUUAGAGAAUGUAUGUCUGUUGGGGAAGACAAGGCCUGUGUGCACAUCCUUACCACUAUGGGUCUUUAUCAAGAGGCUGUAGAAUUGGCUCUGAAGUUAGAUACGUCUUUGGCAAAGGCAACUGCAAACCGUCCCAAGUAUGACCAAGAUUUGAGGAAGAAGCUUUGGCUGAUGAUUGCUGCACAUGUGGUACAGGAAGAACAGAAUGUGUCUCGUGCCAUGGAGGUCCUGAAAGAAUGUGAUCUUAUAAAAAUUGAGGAUAUACUUCCCUUUUUCCCAGACUUUGUUACAAUUGACCAGUUUAAAGAUGCUAUCUGCUCAUCUCUUCAAGAAUAUAACCAGCACAUUGAAGAUCUUAAACAAGAGAUGGACGAUGCAUCUAAAGCAGCAGAAAAUAUCCGUAAAGAUAUUCAGAAGUUCAAGCAGAAGUUUUCUCGUGUACAUGCACAAGAUCGUUGUUGUGAAUGUAACUAUCCCCUUCUAACUAGACCAUUUUACUUGUUUCCUUGCUCUCACAAGUUCCAUCAAGACUGUUUGUCAGAUUCAGUAAUGGGCUAUCUUAGUGAAGCAAAACAAAAGAAAGUUUCAGAGUUGAAGGGGAAACUUUUGGCUCUAUCAAAUGAUGAGAGUGGAGCUAGUACUGGUGCUACAGGUGUAUGGGGUGAUAGGGAACAGAUCAGAGCAGAUAUAGAUAACUUGGUGGCAGGAGAAUGCCUCUACUGUGGUGACAAUGUUGUGGCAAAUAUUGACACACCAUUUAUCAGCAAUCGGGACUGGGAUGCUCUGAUGGCUGAAUGGCAGUAAAGAAACAUUUCCUUUCACUGUAAAUUUCACAUGUCAUAAAACCAAAUCAUUAUAUUGUUUUACAUUUAUUACUGUAUGUACACUGAAUUUAUUAUUACAUUAUCUUGACAUAGCUUUUGUAAUUUAAUCAAUACGGUACGAUGCACUAUAUGACUUGAUGCAGGACUGCAGAAUCUUAUGUUUGUACACAAUUCAGCUCAUGUCUUUUGUAAAAUUAAGGUUAAAGUGAUGAAGUUUAUUAUAUUCAUUUGCGAUGUUGUACAGUAAUCAAAUGUUUUUGCAUAUUAUAUUAUUGUUUUUUAAAUUAUGGAGAUACAGUACAGUAUAUCAUAUGAAGAUGCCUUUCAGAAACUAUCAAUAAAAUACAAAGUUAUAUA